UACUUAUUUUACUGAAUGCCCUUUAUGAUAAAACUGUAAAGCGUCUCGCUGAAUGUUAUAUUUAAACUACCACGAAAAUAAACAUGGCAAAUACUUUUCCACGAUACUGGACGAACGUAUUGAAGUUGAAAAUUGGCAAUUAUACUUAAAGUAGAGCAACAUGUAACCAAAGGAGACUAAUCCGUGCACCCAUAUUAAGAUCGAGCGCACCCGGAACCCUUGCGACAUUUACUGGAAUAUUCUUACUUAAACUGAGGCAAAUUUUCAUAAGCCUUCUCGAAUGACUGCUACUAGUUAACUGAUCGAUAGUAACUUAUUGACCAGACGAGUCUGAGCGCAUUUAACUGGGCGUAUUUCUCUCAAACGAUUCAUAAUUGUUAGCAGUCGUAUCAACAACUUUUCUACUCUCCACAACAGUUCCCGUACCCAUCUCCACCUUCCAGUCUUAAUUUCCUUUUCGCUUUUGCUCGUGCCUCCUCCUCUCUCUUUUAAAUUGUCGUCUGGCAUUUUGAACAGAACUAAAAAAACAGAAGCGGUUCGUCUAAAGAACUCUAUUCCACGUUGUUGCUACGAGAAUCCAGUGUUCUUAAUAAUCCUCAACCUUUCCGUGGCUUUUCGGCUGCUAUUGGUAGAGCCACUAACGUCCGUCUUCUUCAUCAGUUUGUCGUUGGCUGUUGUUGUUUUUGUUUAUUUCCCUCCCCACCGCUAUUGACCUCCGUGUGCGCGCUCUCCAGUCCGCCGCGCGUCGUAUAUAGUCAUGCUGCCUGUUCCUUGCGUCUGCUUGGCCGGGUGUUGCGUUGGGUUGUAUUCUACUCGUUUGCACUCAGCCCUUCUCGCUCUUUCUUUCGUUUUCCGUAUGUGCUCUCUACCAACGGCCGUGUUCUCUACUUGCGCCAGCUGCCUUUUGUCUUGCUACCGUCCCUUUUCGUACUGCUGGCGGUAGCGAUCGUUCUAUCCACUGCUGGUCCUUGACUACUCGUUCAUUAGGCAGUUCGCUCGUUUGUUUGUCCCAUCGUGCGCUCUAUCGUGUCUAACGUUACUUGCGGCGCGGUAGACACGUCGUUGUAUCUUUCGUAGCGCUGUUGUUGCUGUGUUGUUUUGCGCUUAGGACUGUCGAGGCACUGAUACCGCCACAAGGUGACGGUAGGCACUGUGCCGUCGGCUGUAGCGGCGAUCGACGUCAACGUCGUCGUGUCGUAUCGCGCUGCGAUUCUUUCCCACUCUGUUAGGUUCUCCCUCUCUCUGUUAGGUGCUCUCUCAGUCUUUUUGUAUGUGUUCUGCUCUGGUUCGCCCGCUACGACCAGAGCGAGCGAUUCGCCGACACUUCGUCGUGCUCUGCGGGGCAGUCGCUCAUCGCGCCAGGGGAACGAAGCCGAGAACGAGUGAGUGCGUGCUGUCGUGCUGGCUAGCUUAUAGUAAUGACGAAGCCAGUGACUGACCCUAUGACAACAGAGAUAGCGAAGAGGUGGCAGAGGGACUAGUGUGUCUCGUGCGAUUGCGGCGGCAGCGGCGAUUGUCCUGAAACGGCUGCCGCCGCUGGCUUCUGUUGAUCCUCCUGCCACCCCACUUUCUUCUACGUUACACUCGCUCUUAAUGCCAAAGCCGUUAGAAGCGUUUCGUCGUUUCAGGUGCAUCAUGACUGUUUCUGACGGAUUAAGGACAAUUGAAGACUAUUCUCGGCAGCGUGUUCCUGCUGCAGGUUGUUAGUGAGUAUGAGAAGCGGCAAGUGAACCGGUCAGCGUUCGCCAUCGUAGUUGUUCGUGGUAGAUAAAGUAAUGGUAUACCAUCCACACUAGUGCAGGCGGCUGACGCUGCUUCUUCUACUGCCAUAGCAAAGAAUAUUCGUCGCUAUGUGUAUUGCAUCGCGCUCGUAACUGCUUACUGUUCGUCACUCUUCUUUCGUUGGGUAGCUGCGUUGUUGCUAUGAUUAUCCUAAUUAGUUAGCAGUAAGCGCAUUAUUACGAGCAUUGUGUAUCGCGAUGAGCGAAAACUAAAGGUGGAUGGAUGACACAGCUUUGUUUUGUAAGCGCGUGUGGCUGUAAGUGCUCCUGGAGCUGGUCGUAUUGCUGCAGAAGCAAUAAUAGCGAAAUAGUAUAAUAUUAUAUGCGGUUGACUGUUAAUAGUACUAUUACGAUUGCCAUUGACAACGAGUGUGUGACUGGAUACUAAGCAGACACCGUUUGAAAGACAGACGGAUCAAUAGAUGAAGGACGAAGGAAGCGAUUCACUGCUGGAUCUGCGUAAAGCAGAACGACAGAGAAUCGGAGAGCGCCAAAUGGCACCAAUGGUGGAAUAAUAAAAGAUCGGAAAAAAAGCGUUCUUCAUUCGAUUACAUUGUGCACACCACGAUGGUCAUCGGUUAAACGGCUCCUUGAACCGUUUGAGCAACUUUAGCUAAAUUUAGCCUUUUUCAUACCUUUUUCCGUUGCCGUAUAGACAGAGGGACGAACACGUAGUAGUGGCGUUAUUCGAUUUUUCAUGCUAGUAGCAAUUGACGCUCUAUUUGAUUGGUUGCACCUGACAUAAAAGUAACUAAGAACAAAGAAGCGUUGAAAAAAAGUAAUACAUAAAAAGGACAAGACACAGAGCGUACAGACAUAAUCUGAAACAUCUGAAAGUGUUCCUCCUGUUAACGGUCGUGCUGACGCCGAAGGACGAAAUAACCUUCUCGGAGAAAUCGCCGUCAGUAGGCUUGUUGAAGCUGUGAAGUGCUACAAAACUGUGCCAAAGCCGAGUAAAACGAUAGCAAUAGAAGAAUACCGAAUACCAAGUAACCAUAGUGCGAUUACAAUGGAGCGCAAUUUUAGUUUGGUGGACCUUGUUAAAUCUUCAAGUUGAUAAACUACGUUUACAACCACAGCCUUGAAUCAAUCAUUUGCUUACUGACCAGAUAUCGAACGUCGGACUCAGCGGAAAUUCAUCUCCAACAGAUAUCUCUGAUGCAUUUACCUCUUAAAUAUUGCCUAUCUUUCACGUUUUCGCUGCCUCCCUUACUAAUGCGGAGAAAUAUUUGGCCUGUUAGUAUUUGAAGGUCUUAUCUGCUUAUGAGAACUUACCAGACAAGCCAUUUAGCCAAGAAGCAAGAGGAUUUUUGUCUGAAACGGAUCUGUAAGGUGGAUGAGACGAACGUAGAUAACGCUUUAGAUUACUUUUACUGAGCGCCACAGAUAGCUCAGCUUCUCACGACAGGUCUUUUAGUGCAAGCGAUUCUUGCGCGAUGUAAGUGGAGUACAUGAACCUGGCGGCCACUAGUGUGGCAGUUACUGCUGUGCGCAACUGUAGAGGUGUGCAAGCGUUUAAGCGUGUAUUUGACGAAGACGACCACGACAAGGCGCAAUUCGAUGUGAUAUUAUGUAAAUUUGCGUGUGUUGAGCUAUCCGUGUACAGUUGGAGAGAAAACGCGCACAACGACGCAGGACGCACGACGAAUACACGAACGUACAAUAGUAGCAACGAUGAAUUUUCAUUGCAGCGACAAAUCGCGAACUGAACAGCAACAGGAACAUCAACAACAACAGCAACAGCAACAAAUGCAGCAGGGUCGUCGUAAUUCGACUCAGUGGGUGCGUCUAAACGUAGGUGGAACGCAUUUCCUCACGACGAAGACAACUCUGGCAAGGGAUACAAAUUCGUUCCUCUACAGACUCUGUCAGGACGACCCUGAUCUUAACUCCGACACUGAUGAAACAGGAGCGUAUAUGAUCGACAGGGACCCUACAUACUUUGGGCCUAUCCUAAACUACUUGCGCCAUGGCAAACUCAUUAUUGAGAAGAACCUCUCUGAGGAAGGUGUGCUCGAGGAAGCUGAAUUUUAUAAUAUUACGGAGCUAAUCAAGAUGCUCAAGAAAGCAAUAGCAGAUCGGAACUCGAAGACAAAGCUGGCAUCUGACGGGCACAAACACGUUUAUCGAGUACUACAGUGCCACGAGGAUGAACUCACGCAAAUGGUGUCGACGAUGAGUGACGGCUGGAAAUUUGAACAACUCAUUCCGAUCGGCUCGUCGUACACGUACGGGACGGACGAUCAGGCCGAAUUUCUCUGCGUGGUGUCACGGGAGUGCGCCAAUUCACAGGGUCUCGAAGGGAAGGAUCGCGCGCAGCUUAUUCAGCAGAAAGCCGCACGGAUGUGAUUCCGAUAGGGGAUCUCGGUAGAUCCCGACACUCGAGGCGGCUUUAAGCGACACUCCCCUCAA